AUACCAGCACUUGAAGAUACCAAGGAACCUGACGACACACCAGUCGAGCCUAUCUCUGAUGAAGUCCUCCUCGAAUAUGAAGAAGCUAUCGGAAACAAACUUGACGAAAACGACGAUGGAUCAAACGACGCCGAGUACUGGUCCAGCGCUGAAACAUCUGAGGAGUGGCCGCCUCCCCUCGACGUAGUCGCCCGUGUCGAAUCGCUCCCACCUCCUAUUGCAGCGAUAGGCGCUCGCUCCGAGUCCCCAGUGGCCACCGUCCGCUCUUUCGUUCUCGGCCGCUCGCCUUUUGACCUCGUAGACUCUGACAAUCUUGAUCGUGGGUCUAGGUCUGACCAUCUAUCCCUUGCCUUACCUGAUUUCUCCGAAUGUGCCCCUUCUGAGCACGAUGUCGCUCCCAACCUAGUGCGAGCAUACUCUGUUUACCCACCUUCACCUCGUCUUCAGAGUCUAUCCACGAAGAGAACCAAAUCCAUCUCGCCCUCAGAGCCUGUUCAGCAGUUGAUAGACCCGGACGAUGUUCAUUCGAUCUUGUUCUCUCCAUCCUAUACUUCGUCUUCAUGGUACUCGCUUUUGAACUCCCGAGUUUUGGAAAGCGAGCUUGCAUAUAUACCCACCUAUGACACUUCAUCUGUCUUAUCCGACCAGUCCUUCGGCUCCACUACAGAGAUUGUCUUACUUGGGAGUAUCUUAGACUCUCCAGACCCUUGGAAUCUGCUCGGACAGAUCCUGAACCUUUCCCCGCUUCCGCGCCUCUCUUCAGACACGUAUAUGCUUCUAAAUACGAACCACACGAGGCAUGGUGUAGGCUGCAAUCCACCUGGAGUGGAUAUAUGCGUAGGGGACGGAGUAUCUGAUGUUUCUUGCCGAACUGACGAUUUUGGUACUGGCGGGGCCGCUUCAAUUCCCUUAGAAGAGGAGUCGACGAGCAGGAAGGACGUCCUGACGGUUUACUCGUAUGGAUCCGAGGAGGACCACCUCCCCAAUCACGAAAUUUCACCUUCUGGCUCUCCCUGCGACUCUUCCCGACCGUCCAAUUCAGGCCCCGGACGAGCACUGUCUCAGCGAUCUCCGCACAACAGCGAGCCUCCCACCCCUACGAGGGACAACUUCAGUCCCCCCACCUUUGUGGACCUGACUCCCUCCAUCGAUUCUCCCAUAGGCAUAGUCACGGCCCCUGCCUAUCUACAGCAGACCUCUACAAACGACGUGGACGAGGAAGUAGAAGUAGGAGUGGAUGUUGGACUGGACCUGUUCGCAAAUGAAGAGAUGGACAAUGAGGGUGACGAGUACAUGUCUUGA